AUAUCUGCACAGACCAUUUAGUGGGGCCAUCCGACUACAUCCUUAUUGAUACAGCAAGAAUUCCAGAUUUCCAACACAUGUCAUGUGAAUAUGUUAUUUUUACAAAUAAACAAGAACUUGGAAUAACUUUGAUGUUAGAAAAUUUCACUCAAGCGUUCAACAUGGAAUUUGAAAUAAACGAAACUGUCAUAAACAAAAUUAAACGCCACAAUUAUGAUACAAGGAUUAAAAGUGGUACAAAAAUUUCAUUUUCAACUCAUGAAAACCACAAUUUCGACGGGGCGUGUCUCGGUGUUUAUUCAACGGAUCAAGCAAAGUUCGAUAUUGCUUGUAAUAGAUCAACUACUAGCUCAAACACAGAAAAAGAAAGCGGAGGAAAUGAAAACACAAGUCCAGCAACGACAGAAACAAGACAAUCCACUCCAGCAUCCAUAUCACAUGGAAUUGAAACAACCGAGCGUACAACUUUAAAACCUACUCAUUCUAGGAUGCAAGCUUCGAUGGAUAAUGUGGACGGAGACAACCAUAUAAAAAGUGUGUCUAAAUAUACUUUCGAAGUAAAUUUUAGAGUUAUUUUUUUCCUAGUCAAUAAAUCUGCAAACAAACCCUUCCUUAGCAGUCAAUCGAAUGUAAUGAUUAUCGUCUCUUGGGUUCUGUUGGUUUAACAGGACUGAAUCUGAAAGAUGAUAAAGUUGGAAAUACUGGUGUAGUUAAACAUCAAAAUCAUAAAA